AUGUCUUCUUUCUUUAUUCGCAACGAUAAGCCGCAGAAAAGGAAAUUUAAUGGCUCACAACGUGGCAAGUUAAAAUCCUCUUCUACUAAGAAUCACAAAAAAUCUUCCAAUGCCAAAGAUGAAGAAAUAGAAUCAGACAGUGAGCUUGAAGAGAAAGAUCUUUCAGAAUAUUCUUCUGAUGAAGAGACUGCACAGGAAAAAAAGAUCCGAUUAGCCAAGAAAUAUUUGGAGCAGCUAAAGGCUGAAGAGGAUGGUGAUGCUGCUGUUGAUGAUGAUGAUGGAGCUGCUGGUGCUAGGGAUGUUGUUGCUGAUCGUUUAAAACAUGAUUUUUUGGAACAAAAAGGUAAAUUGCAUCUUGAAAUUGCAGACCAGUAUAUUGUUCCUGAUCCUUCCGAUGUAACUGUGUUGAGAGGCCAUAAACUACCUGUUACUUGUGCCGUUGUUUCUUCUGAUGACAAAUUCAUAUUCAGUGCUUCCAAAGAUGCUUCAUUAAUCAAAUGGAGUGUCCAAGAAGGUCAUAAGGUGCAUAUGAUUCCUGGAGUGAAGAAGGGAAAUAAAGUUAAGCAAGUUGGUCACUCAUCACAAAUAUUGGCACUUGCCAUAUCAACUGAUAGCAAAUUCCUUGUAUCAGGAGAACAGAAACGACUCGUUCAUGUAUGGAACCCUUCAACCUGUCAGCUGAUUCAUACUUUUAAGGGCCAUAAAGAUGCUGUAACAGGUUUAGCAUUUCGGAAAAAUUCACACCAAUUGUUCAGCUGCUCUAAUGACAGAUCAGUCAAAGUAUGGGAUUUAGAUCAAAUGUGUUACGUUGAAACAUUAUUUGGCCAUCAAGAUUCUAUCACUGCCAUUGACAGCUUGACAAGAGAAAGAGCUUUAACAGCUGGUGGACGAGAUGGAUCUUUACGAAUAUGGAAAAUUGUGGAGGAGUCACAAUUAGUUUUUCAUGGGCACACUGGCUCCAUUGAUUGUGUUGCUCUCAUUAAUGAAUCAUCUUUUCUUUCUGGUGGUGAUGAUAACUCAUUAUGUCUGUGGAGUGUUAUGAAGAAGAAGCCAUUAAUAACCUACAAAAAUGCUCACAAUGGAGAAAUGAACGCAAAUUCAUCUAAUGAAGAAAAUUGGAUUUCCGCAGUUGCCUCCCUUCAACAUUCGGAUUUAAUUGCCUCAGGUUCUAAAGAUGGCUGCAUUCGAUUGUGGAAAUGUGGUCCUAAUUUCAAAUCUCUUACACCCUUAUUUUCAAUUCGUGUGGUUGGGUUUGUCAACUCAUUGCAAUUUUCCAAAGAUGGAUCCUUUCUUGUGGCUGCAGUUGGUCAAGAACAUAAAUAUGGCCGUUGGUGGAGAAUAAAAGAGGCUAGAAACAGUGUAUGCAUCAUCAAAUUACGAAAAUCUUGA